GGGUGUUGAGUCCAUGGAGCGAGCUGAGAGCUAGAGAGACGGCGAUUUCGCUAAUGUUGCUGAGGCUGAUCUCGAACUCCUGAGCUCAAGCAAUCCGCCCGCCUCGGCCCCCCAAGGUGCUGGAAUUACAGGCCUGAUGCACGCUGCCUGGCCUUUUUAAAAAAUUGAGGUUAUUUUGGGGAAGGUAGAGCGUCCAGACACAUCCUAAUUUGCAUAGCUGCGCAGUUUUACAAAAUGCAAUGCAUUUCUACCUGUUAGGAUAUGUGAUUUCUGGCUGGUAAGCUACACCGAAUCUUGGCUAGCACAGUUGCAUUCCAUGUCAGAUAUGUAAACACAAAUUCGCUCUCUGCAUUUAAAUAUAUUAGAUAGAUUUAAGUAACUACAUUUAAAUGUAUUCACAUUUAAAUACAUUUUCGGUCUGUAUCUAAAUGCGCUCCCUCCUGAAAAUAAAUAUCUGAAGUGGGCCGGGCGCGGUGGCUCACACCUAUAAUCCCAGCACUCUGGGAGGCCAAGGCGGGUGGAUCAUGAGGUCAGGAGUUCAUGCCUAGCCUGGCCAACAUGGUGAAAUCCAGUUUCUACUAAAAAUACAAAAAUUAACUGGGCAUGGUGGCGGGCGCCUGUAAUCCCAGCUACUUGGGAGGCUGAGGCAGGAGAAUCGCUGGGACCCAGGAGGCGGAGGUUGCAGUGAGCUGAGAUCGAGCCACUGCAGUCCGGCCUGGGUGACACAGCAAGACUCCGCCUCAAAAAAAAAAAAAAAAAUCAGAAGUGGACUGUAGCCUAUAGUGUGUUGCCUAAUAAAUUUAUUUUUAGAGAUACUUCUUUCAAUUUUCUGUGAGGUCAUCUGCAGUUUCACAUGGUAGACAGACUUAGGUGAGAUUCUUAGCAAGGUGGAAUGAAGAGUAAAGAGGUUUGUUUAUUUCACAAGGGUUGAUUGAAGGCCUACGAUGUGUUAAAUGCUGUAGGAAAUACCCAAUGAUUUGUCUUUCAUGAAGGUUUCCUGCCUUCUCUUAAGAAGUUAUCAAUUAAACGGUUUACUGGAAAUUGCUAAGUUAAUGAACACACGGGAUACAUUCUUUGGAUGAGUAGACAUUGGUUGGGCAGAGGAGGAAGAGGAGAGCGGUUUAGAGAGAGACCUGCUUAUACACUGUAGUGUCUAAAAGAGCUUGUGAUGUUCAGGAAACAAUUGUUCACUGCGCUACAAUAUAGGGGACGGCCGGUUGCAGUGGCUCACACCUGUAAUCCUAGCGCUUUGGGAGGCCAAGGAGGGCAGAUCACCUGAGGUCAGGAGUUCAAGACAAGCCUGCCCAACAUGGUGAAACCCCAUCUCUACUAAAAACACAAAAAUUAGCUGGGUGUGAUGGUGGGUGCCUGUAAUCCCAGCUACUUGGGAGGCUGAGACAGGAGAAUCACUUGAACCUGGGAGGCGGAGGCUUCAGUGAGCUGAGAUCAUGCCAUUGCACUCUAGCCUGGGCGACAGGUACAGAACCUGCUAAGGCCAUCAAACCUAUCGAUCGGAAGUCAGUCCAUCAGAUUUGCUCUGGGCCGGUGGUACUGAGUCUAAGCACUGUGGUGAAGGAGUUAGUAGAAAACAGUUUGGAUGCUGGUGCCACCAAUAUUGAUCUAAAGCUUAAGGACUAUGGAGUGGAUCUCAUUGAAGUUUCAGACAAUGGAUGUGGAGUAGAAGAAGAAAACUUUGAAGGCUUAAAUGCCAAACCUUAGAUUUUAUGAUGACUCCUCAACCGUUUAGAUCUUGGUUAUCUCAGAGGGAUCAUCAGCUUUUUAAGAAAGUUUUGAGAGAAAAGCAAGUGAAGAAAAGCGUAGUCAAUGCUCAACAUCACGGGUCUCUCACUGAACACACCACGCCUGGUAUUCUCUCACAGCGAUGUCACCAUUUCUACCUGCCACGCAUCGGCGAAGGUUGGGACUUGACUGGUGUUUGAUCACGAUGGGAAAAUCAUCCAGAAAACCCCCUACCCCCACCCCAGAGGGACCACAGUCAGCGUGAAGCAGUUAUUUUCUACACUAUCUGUGCGCCAUAAGGAAUUUCAAAGGAAUAUUAAGAAGACGUGCCUGCUUCCCCUUCGCCUUCUGCCAUGAUUGUCAGUUUCCUGAGGCCUCCCCAGCCAUGCUUCCUGUACAGCCCGCAGAACUGAUGCUGUGCGGAGCUGCAAGUCCGUAUCACUGAGGCUGUGGCCACAGCCACUGAGCAGAGAGAGAUGAUCACCCGCCUGGAGCAGGACCUGAGCAUCAUUCAGUCCAUCCAGUGGCCCGAUGCUGAGGGUGCCGCUGAGCACCGCCUGGAGAAGAUCCCAGAGCCCAUCAAAGAGGCCACUGCCCUAUUCUACGGACCUGCAGCACCAGCCAGCGGUGCCCUCCCAGAGGGCCAGGUGGAUUCACUGCUUUCCAUCAUCUCCAGCCAGAGGGAGCGCUUCUGUGCCCGGAACCAGGAGCUUGAGGCCGAGAACCGCCUGGCCCAGCACACCCUCCAGGCCCUGCAGAGUGAGCUGGACAGCCUGCGCGCCGACAACAUCAAGCUAUUUGAGAAGAUCAAGUUCCUGCAGAGCUACCCUGGCCAGGGCAGCGGCAGUGAUGACACGGAGCUGCGGUACUCGUCCCAGUACGAGGAGCGCCUGGACCCCUUCUCCUCCUUCAGCAAGCGGGAGCGGCAGAGGAAGUACCUGAGCUUGAGUCCCUGGGACAAGGCCACCCUUAGCAUGGGGCGUCUGGUUCUCUCCAACAAGAUGGCGCGCACCAUCGGCUUCUUCUACACACUGUUCCUGCACUGCCUGGUCUUCCUGGUGCUCUACAAGCUGGCAUGGAGCGAGAGCAUGGAGAGGGACUGUGCCACCUUCUGCGCCAAGAAGUUCACUGACCACCUGCACAAGUUCCACGAGAAUGACAACGGGGCUGCGGCUGGUGACUUGUGGCAGUGAUACCCCGGGGCCUCCCCCGUGACAGUGACGGCUGCGCCUCCACCCCGACUGCUCAGUGCAUCUAAUCACUUAGACUCCCCUGAAGAAUCCCCCAUGGAAACUGCCCUUAUCCGCUGUCCAGCAGCUGCCAGAGGCCCCAGGUCACCUUGGGUCCCCUUGAAAGAAUGUCUCGGUCACAUCAGGCCCGCUAGGUCCAGAGAGCGAGCCCCCAAUGCCCGGCCAGGCUAAGCCGCAGAGACCUUCUCAGCCCCCACCUCAGGUUAGGGCUCUGCCCGCAGCCUGACCUCUAGCCCUGGUGGCAGAGGUCCCUCAGCUGUGAGGCUGAUUGGGUGACCACCGAUUCCAGCUGCGGUUAAUCCAGCUUGGGCCUGUCUGCACUGCGAUCCUCUUGGGCUCUCCUAGGAUCCCCCCAUGCCCCGUAAGAGGUGGAAGACGCUUCCAGGACAGCAGGCUUUGAGUCCAGCACCCCCAGCCUGCCUUUGCCACCGGCCCCACCCUGCAGAGUAUAUGAGGCUUGACAGAGUCUGCCCCCUCCCCCACUGCACCCCAAGAGAGAGAGCCCCAGCCAGCGGAACAGUUUCUAUUACCCCCUCCCUGCCCCAAGACCCAUGUGAUUUCUGCUUUCUUCUUUAGCAAGAGAUUCUGGUUUCUAGAUAAGGAAGAGUCUCUAAUGAGCCCCCGAGCCCCAGUCUCUUCAGACUCAUGGAUUGGUCUGAGGGGUCUGAACGUCUCCUAGCCAAUCAGAACUGGCUGUGGACCACCCUAGCACGGCCACCUCUCAGGGCCACUGGCAGGCCUUCCUGAGUUAGAUUUGUAGUUGCAUAUUUAGCUUUGCACAUUUGAAAUAAACCACGGUUGCAGCCA